AUGUCUAACACAGAACCGCCGAGCAAUGACCAUACCUGUCCCCACCCCUACCAUUCUGGUUAUUCACCAGACAAUCUCCCACCCCUCUUGUUCCAAAUCGAACCCCGUCGAUCACAGAACCUCCCCGUCAUUCCUCACCUUGUCGAGAACGGGGUCGUCGUGAAAGACAGCGAGGGCGUCGAAAUCCGCAUUUUCAGCUUCCUGCCCCGCUACAUCACCACCAGGCCGGCGGCGUGGCUCCUCGAGUUCUGGAUGCGCUCUGACCCGCGUCUGACAUACAGAGACAUCAAAGCGCGCAUGGUGGGCGGCCGCCGCGACAAGCCCAUGGAGAACGCCCUGAACAUGCGUCGCGAGCGCGACGUCCGCGCCCCCCUCGCCCUCUCCUGCUGGUCCACCCGCCGCACCGCCAGCGGCCGCGUCUCUCGCAUCGACGUCGAGCGCGUCGAGAAGUGGACCCUCGAUCAGAUCGCCUACAAUACCACCAUGGACAUCGAGUACCGCUUCGAUGUCCAGUCGGGCCGUUUCUACCCCCUGCGUCUGCGCUCCAAGCCCCUCACCCCCGGCGUCGCGCCCCGUUUCUACCCCCUCACCUACUUCCUGGACGGCGGUAGACCUCACCAGCCUAGCCGUCGCCUCCAGGCCACCAUCCAGACCUACCACCGGCUGGAGAGUAGAGCCCUCGACCUGGGCCUGCGUAGCUGGCGCGAUCUGCCUGACCAGGAGCUCCCGGCCUCUUGGGUCACCCACCGCAACAACGCCAGAGCGGCUUCCGCUGCGCGUCACGGAAGGGCUUGA